CUACAGUAAAUGAGCAUGACGAUUGACCAAGAACUCCUCCCGUCUUCUUCUCUGCCCUUCUAUAAAACAAAAGAACAGAAGAGAGCGGCAACGGCAAGACCAGCUCCCGCCGGCCACUCGUCUAGACUCGAGAGCGGCACGAUGCCUCCUUCUCUGCACCCUCCCCACCUCCACUUCCACAAGCUCAAGCGCCGCCACCACCCCGCCGCCAUGGCCAAGAAGGGCCUGGCCGCCAUCCUCUACAAGUUCCGCGACGUGCACUGCCCGCCCUCCGCCUCGCUGCCGCCGUCGACCCCGUCCGCGCACUACGCCCAGCGCUGCUACCCGCCGCCGCUGUCCGCGUGGCCCUGGCCGUCGUGCCGGCACCCGCGCACCAGCUCGUUCCGCGGGCCCAAAGACGACGCCGCCGCGGUGUUCCGGACCGUGAACACCGUCUACGACUACGACACGAUCUCGGGCUCGGAGCAGGUCCUCCGGCGCUCCUCCAUCGAUGAGGCGGCGUGCAUCGACCGGCGCCCACUGUCGUUGCUCGGAGAGGCCAUUGCGGAGCAGGCGGUGGACGAGGAGGAGGAGAAGGAGACGGAGCUGCGAGAGACGGCCGUCGUGCGCGGCAUGCGUUCGGAGCGACUGUUCUUCGAACCGGCCGGCGCAGAGUUCUUGCCCAAUCAGAGCGUGGCGGUGGCGCCGGCGAGAGGCAAGGACGAGGCGGCCACGGCGGACGUCAAGAGCGAGGAACAAGCGACGACAGACGCGCCGCACGACAAGGACGAGCCGCCGGCGGAGGCCGUCACGGCGAAGGGCGGCGCGGUGGUGGUCACGGUGGAGUCCAAAGACCCGUACGGCGACUUCAGGGCGUCCAUGGCGGAGAUGGUGGCGGCGCACGGGCUGCGCGACUGGGAGGCCCUGGAGGAGCUCCUGGCGUGGUACCUCAAGCUCAACGCUAAGGGUGUCCACGCUGCCAUAGUCGGUGCAUUCGUCGACCUUCUCGUAAGCAUGCAGCCGCAGGCGUCAUCCCCGCCGUCGCUGCCGUCCCAGUCGCCCUCGUCGUCGUGCAUCACCUUCGAGGAGUGCUCCUCGGCAACCUUUGACGAGGAUGACUGCAAGAGCUGAGCUGAGCUGAACUGAGGCGGAGGGUGCUCCGUGUUCGCCAUUUCUAAUCUUUUUUUUUUGUCUCAUUCAGAGAUAGCGGUUUUUGUGAAUUAUUUUGUGCGCCUAUGGAAGAAUGGAAGGUGAGGUGAGGCCUGAAUGGUGCCAUGGAUGUACAGUUGCUAAACUACCUGAUGCUGACCAUCAGAAUAGAUUAAUUGCCUAGACAACUAAUUGACCAUUUUUAUUUGCUCUG